AGAGGUUCUCUGCAGCACGACUCCUAAGCUACUGGUACUUGAGCACCAAUCUGCUUUGGAGAACCUGAUCCUGAGACUCCAGCAGGAUGUCUUAUCAACAGCAGCAGUGCAAGCAGCCCUGCCAGCCACCUCCUGUGUGCCCCACGCCAAAGUGCCCAGAGCCAUGUCCACCCCCGAAGUGCCCUGAGCCCUGCCCACCACCAAAGUGUCCACAGCCCUGCCCACCUCAGCAGUGCCAGCAGAAAUAUCCUCCUGUGACACCUUCCCCACCCUGCCAGCCAAAGUAUCCACCCAAGAGCAAGUAACAGCUUCAGGAUUCAUCAGGACCAUGAAAGGGUAAGGAUAAUUGGCUCACCUCAUUCCACAGCUCCACCUGCAUCUUCUCAUCAAAGCCACCCAGGGAUACACAGGGAGCUUCUUUUCCCUUAGCCUGUGAUCUGCCCGUGAUGAUUCCUGACAGCAAAAGGUUUCCUUUCUGAGGCUGCCAUACUGCCACUGUCCAGGUGGAGACUGAGAAAAGGAAGUCCUUAGCUGUACCAGCCUUUCAGAGCUUCUUUGGGUGCCAUCGAAGAAUUCUAUUGAUGUCUUCUGUGUCUGUCUGUCACCUGGCAGGAGCUUCUACUAUCUGUGCAAUUGUCAUUUUUCUUUCACUCCCUGAAUAAAGUAGCUAUGCCUA